CAUACCUACAUACCUACAUACCUACAUACCACGCUACUAUUUUCUUGUCCUUAUCAAUUUUACCACAUAACAACGAAGAGACCAAAUAAGCCUCUUCGUUUUGAGUGUCAUCUUUAGUUUCAAUACUUGGAACAAAAGUUUUAUAUCGUCAUCACCCAUCUCACCCUCCAUAGGGAGAGCCACAGCAAAAAGGUAAGAAGUCAAGCAAGAAAUACAAAGCGUAUGUGUAGGUGUAUAUUUAUCUAUGUAUGAAAGGGAAUAAAGGGUGACUGAGAAACAGACACAGAGACAGGCAUAAGAGAAAAAGAGAGAGAGAGAUACAUACUACCUACAUACAUAACUCAGGUAGGUAGGUAUUUAUUGUAUAUCUCGGACCGUGGGAGGAGUCGCCACUCAAUUAUAAUUGGUAUCGUCUCCAUCAGCCUCCCGAUAUCCCCUUCCCACACCGCAACCUAGGACUCUCGACAUUCCAUUCUUCAAGAUCUAAUCAAGUACUGUGUUAUCAAUGUCGAAUGCGUCUCCAAGCGAGCUAUUAAAUGGCUUUGGCUCGGAAAUGUCUAAUCACCCAACGCCGAAUCCUUCUGUCUCGGGCACACCCCCGAAUACUGUGCAGGCAGCCUGCCUUGCCUGUAGGAACAAACAUCUAAAAUGUGAUGGGAAGACGCCAUGUUCGCGCUGUCAAUCUUCAGAGUCUGAAUGCGUCUACGUCGCUUCUCGCCGUGGUUAUAAAGGACCACGGCGAAACGCGGCUCCUAACCCAAAUAAGCGUCAUGCCUCAGACUCGCCGGCCUCUGCAGGCGGGGAUAGCUGCCCUAUGCUGCUAGGCGCGACGGUCUCAUCCUCCGCCGCUCCCACUCUGGCGAUCUUCAAUCCGGCCCUAGGAACCUCAGAUUCGCCGGCUACGCCCUUUGCGCCUCCCGGUCUGCACAGCCUUCAAUUGUACAGGGACCCCUACCUUAACGGAACUACCGGUGCUCUUGUGGAGAACGGUUCACGACCACAGACGAUGCCAGAGCGCUGCAUCGACUCGUUUUAUUACUAUUUCUACCCCGGCCAUCCGGCCGUCUUACAGAAGGAGCCCUUACUCAAGGCUGCCAAGGAAAGGAACCUAGACCAUCUACUAGCUGCGAUGAGAUGGGUCGGCUCCUUGUAUAUCGACUCUGGUCCCUCUCGCGCAACCUUCUUCGAGGAGGCUAUGCGCUUGGUAUAUGCUCCAGAUGUCCCAAAGGAUGGCUAUCUGGUUCAAGCGAUGGUCAUCCUUCUCAUCGGACUAGAUGGUAGUUGCCAGCAAGAAAAAGCGCGCGAUAUCUUAUCCGAUGUCGAGGGAAUCGCCAUAGAAAUUGGGCUCUACACCAGAGCUUUCGCUACGAUGCACGGGCGCGGUAUCCCUAGGUUGGAAGAGAGUUGGCGUCGGACCUGGUGGGAUCUGUUCGUCGUGGACGGAAUGGUUGCGGGAGUUCAUCGACAAACCAACUUUCUCCUAUUUGACAUCGUGGCAGACGUUGGUCUUCCAUGCGAAGAGCACGAGUACACAUCAGGGAGUAUCCCGCGUCCGAUGUACCUAGAGGAUUUCGAUGAUCAGCUGUUCUCCGGAGAAGAAAGGGAAUUCUCCUCGUUCGCAUAUCGUGUGGCUUCCAUUAGAAACCUGGGACGCAUGAUGCGAAUGCCAAACAGCGGCUUCCCGAACGAGGAGAGUGUCAGCAAGGUGGAAUCGCUGCUAUCGAAUUGGAGAAUGCACCUGCCAGCAUCGAAGCGAGACUGUUUGACUAAGGACUUCCAGCUUGACGAGAUGAUGUUUCAAGCUUUUAUGAUCAACAAUGCCUGUUCAAUAAUUUUGCACCAGCCUCUUUCCCAACUGGACUCGUCGCCGGCGCGUGAGGUAACGGCCUGCGCACCACAUCAAAGGAUCCAAAGCGGGGACCGCUUCAACCUCCAUACGAGACACAUCAUCACGGCCGCGUGCGAGAUCAGUAAGAUGGUGACCUAUAAUGUGCCCAUCACGAGCCACACGCACUUCUUCACCUGUGUUCUAACGCUGUCUUCCAUCGUCCAUCUCAGCAAGUGGUCCCUCGAGUAUUUCAUUCAUGACGAAGACGACCUAAGACAACAAAUCCGACUCAACAUCGGGGCUCUCAACAAGCUUAGCAAUGUGUGGAAGGCUGCCAGCAGGGCCUCGGGCCAAGUAAAGGGCGUCGCGCAAGAGAUUUACCGAGCCAAGAAGGCGCAGCAGAACAACCCCUCAUUCUGGGUCGGGUUCACGCAGGAGGAAAUCAUCAGCAGCAUGGCGGCCGACGAGGGCAUCAUGUCCGAGAUCGAUACGAUGUUGACGAGUGCACCUGCCAGCGCACCUUGAACGCUGUUGGUGAGCUGGGCCAUGUAAAACGAGUCCUUGGAACCGUGGUAUAAGUCGGGGACACUCGAAUCGAGGACGACAUGGUGAAAAUGGGAUAUACGUACGGAGUUGUUGCUAUCUUCCUUUAGCUUGGAGUUUGGGUAAGUUGUGAGUAGGACGAUCUGGAACUUUUUUAAUAAGGGGAGGAGGGAGCUGUAUAGGAUGCAGAUACGGCUACAUUUCUUUAGUAUCUACCUAGGCAGACCAUUCCCGAAGCCGCCAGAGUUGGGUUAGGGAGAAAAGUUUUGGUAUGAACUGAGGAAUGAAAGGAAAGGAAAAGGUCCGGCCAGCAUGACAUAGUCGAAGAGGUAGUCCAGGCAGCUACCUGCAGGUGGGAUAGGCUAUCUCAUGAUGACGGUACCUUGGAAGCCGAUGUAUUUACGACGAGUCUCUCGUUCCAAUAAGUUUCUUUCUUUUUUUUUUUUCUUUUUUUAAUAUUCGUCCUUCUCUGCUGCUUUUUUAAAAACUCAAAGUAAUAAGGGGAAGGGCACCUAAUGUAGAUGGGCAUUGUUUACAUUGUUAUAGUAUCUGUGGUGUGGUCCCUUGUCAGCCCAGUGCCUUAUUACCUAGGUUAGGUACUGUAGUUCAUAUUUAGGUAGAUUGUUCGGGCACCGCCCACAUGGUACUAAUAAGCAUUCAAAGUCGUCGAA